AUGAACAUGUGCAGCAACACAGGUAACACUGGUUGUGGUUGUGGAAGCAGUGGUGCUGCUAGCAUGUGGAGUUCCGGUGUGAAGAAGCCGCAGAAUAAGCGUCCAAGGAUUCCAAAGAGAGGCCCUGGUGUUGCUGAGCUUGAGAAGAUUCUCAGAGAACAAGAGAAUAUAGACACCAUUUCAGAUCAUCAUCAUAGGGGAAACAAUAACAACAAUGGUGAAUGUGCUUUUUCAUUUCAAUCAAAUCAUCAUUCAAAUCCUUUUCAUCAUAAUUCUUCACCUUUGAAACCACAUCAUUAUCAUCAUCUUCAGCCACCACCACCACCCUCCUCGCCACCUCGGCCGCCACAUGUUCCUCCAUCGGCAACAAAAUCUGAUCAUUUAGUCCCAACUACUCCACCACCAUCCAUUAUGACAUCUCCUUCUGUCUAUGCUCACUUUGGAAGAAAUGGUGGAGGAUCAAGUUUGGUUAGGCCUGAACAGGAACUGUUUCCAAUGAAUCUAAGUUCAUGUAUGUCCAAGUCCAACAUCAAUGAUGUGAUAGAUGUAAGCCAAUCUGAUUCUGGAAAUUCCUCAUCUAGGAAUUUGUCUUCUGAAUCUAAUCAAAUUUGGCCUCAACCUCCCACAAUUCAAAAGAGAACUAAUUCGUUUCCAUCUCCUCCCAUGAUGAAUCAAUUUCUUGGAAGUGGUAUCCCUGCCUCUUCAGGAUCAUUGCCACUUGGACUGCACAAUCAUAUAGAGCCCCCUUCAAACCAAAGUUCUUAUUACAAACACACAUCUAAUGUCCCAGAGGAACAUAAGGUAUCUGGCAUGAAGAGAUCUCACCCUUCAUCCUUGGAAAACACUCUGAUUCCUCCACCUAACUUCCAAGUUUCUUCAAUCUUUUCUCACCUUAGUAGACCUCAUCAAUCAUCCAUUACUGAUACUCAAGGUGCAAAUGGUUUCACCUCAGCCAAUAAUUGUUAUAGGGAUGCAAAACGGGGUAGUAGCAGUAGUUUGGAUCUCAACAACAAAAGGUUCAAUUCUGACAUUGGUGUGCAUGGCCAAGCAAAUUUCCCAUCAUUUGCAACUCAUCAUGAUGUUCAUCCACCACCACCACCUAUGCAUUUGUUUCAAGGUGUUCUUUCCAAGGGCACUAUGCUCCCUUACCAAGUCAUUGAAGAUAGAACUGAGGACUCAAACCAUCGUUCAGGAUCAAAUGCAUCAGACAAUAAGCCUUUUUAUAAUUUCUUAGGAGUUAAGGAUCCAGAGUGGGGGAAUGCACCUGGAUCACAUCACGGACGAUGCGAAGCAGGACGCUGUGGCAUUGAUCUUAGCUUGAAGCUUUGA